AAUUAGUGUUAAGAUAACAUAUAAAAAAAUGCUAAAAUUAUUAAAAAGAAUCACCGUUUUAAAAGUAUUUCUUUGGCUUGAAUUUUUAAAUGCUUUAGGAAAAACAUUUAAUUGCCAUCAAAUGUGAGUUUGUAAAUUAUAUCGAAAUAUUAAAUUAGGAACUAAAAUAAAGUAACUUAAAAGUAAAAAAAUUAUAUUAUAAAAAAAUAAAAUAGAGGGAUAUUAGGAGAAAAAAUAGCAAUUAAUGGAAAUUUCAUAAUAAUAAUAAUAAUUUUAAGAACAAACUACUAAUAUGAUGAGUAGUAAAUUAUUUUAAAGUAGUAUAAAACCAGUAACUGCAUUAUAAACUAGGAAUUGUUCAACAGUACAUUGUUUUAAAUGUAAUAAAUAUUUCGAUUCUAAUUUUGAUAGUGAAUAAGUUUAUUAUCUUAAUGAAUGUCUUCAUUUAUUUUGCAAGCCUUGCUUAAUUCAAUAAAUUAACUAAGAACAUAUUAAUUAAGGAUAUACAAGCUGUACUAAAUGUAACAAAUAAUUGCUUGAAUAUGACUAUAUAAAUUUAUUAGGAAGAGAUAAAUAUGAAAUAUUAGAAUAAAAAUAUAUUUAAAAAACAUUUAAUAUUGUAUCAUGUGUAAAAUGUAAAGCUUAAUUUGAAUUUUAAAAUGGAUCAUCUAAUUAAACUGUUAAAGAUAAUAGUGGAAAUCCUUUAUCUAUUGAAUAGCAAAUGCAUUAUGCUUAAAAUAGGUUUAUGUGUUAAAAUAUACAUUGUAAAUAAGAAUAAUGUAAAUCAUGUGGAUCUAUUCCUUAUCAUUUAGGACAUGAUUGUGAAAGUUAUAAAUAAUUUAGAUAAUCAAAACGAUGCAGAUAUUGUGACUAAUCAAUAAUAAAUAUAAAUAAAAAUCAAUUACUUGCUCUUUAAGAUAUAUGCGAAUAAUCUGAAUGUUAAGAAAAAAAGUAAUUUACAUGUUAAAAAAUACUACCAUGUAGUCAUCCUUGUUAUGGAAUAAAGGAUGAAUUGGAAUGUCUUUCAUGCUUAAAUGAAGAAUGUGCCUCUAAAAAUAGUUAAUUAAAUGAUUAAAAUGGAGAAUCCUAUUGUAAUAUUUGUUAUGUUGAAGGAUUAGGAGCUUCUCCGUGCAUACAAUUAGGUUGUGGACAUAUUUUCCAUUAUCAAUGUAUGAAAAAAAGGCUUGCUAUUAGAUGGAUAACAGCUCGAAUUGUGUUUAAUUUUUGCUUUUGCCCUUUAUGUAAAACUUGGAUGGACUUCCAAUUAAGUUGCGAUUUAGCAGCUGAAAUGAGCAAAAAUAGAGCUUUAUAUGAAACUAUAAAAAAAAAAGCUACUGAAAGGCUAAAAUUUGAAGAAAGAAUGAAAGACGAAAAACUUGUAAAUCCUGAUUCUCUAUAUUUUAAUAAUCCAGAAGAAUAUGCGAUGGCUAUAUAUGCUUAUUUUAUGUGUUUUAAAUGCAAAAAACCAUAUUUUGGAGGACUAAAAGAUUGCUAAAGAGGAAUGGAUGAAGACAAAAGGGAAUUUAAUCCAAAAGAAUUAGUUUGUGCGAAUUGUUGUGAAAUACCAAUUGAAAAUUGCACAAAACAUGGAAAAGAUUAUAUUGAAUUCAAAUGUAAAUUUUGCUGUUCAACAGCUUAAUGGUUUUGCUGGGGAACUACUCAUUUUUGCGAAACUUGUCAUAAAAGAUAAUGCUCUGGUGAUUAUGUGUCUAAAUAUACAAAAGAUAAAUUACCGAAAUGUUAAGGACCAGGAAAAUGCUCUUUAGGAGGAAAUCAUAAAGAAAAUGGUGAAGAAUGCAGUCUAGGAUGCGCUUUAUGCAGAAAUAUUAAAGAUAAUGCUAGAGAUUUUUGA